AUUGCUUGAGCGAAUCGUGAUUUGUUUUAGGACCUUUUUCUUGAAACGUGUGUGUGGUGAAAUGAGCCUGGAUAAAGCGAAUGUGGAAUCUGUAUCACGCUGCAGUUCUGCAUCGUCAGACCAGAUGGAAACCAUACAGGGUCCGGUGCAGAAUAGCAAGGUGUCCACUACUCCAUUUGUUCCCACGGUAACUGCCAUCUCUACCAGCCUGGAUUUGCAAUGGAUGGUACAGCCAACAAUCAUUACAUCCGUUUCUCCGUCUGCAGCCAGACCUGAACCUGCAGUAACCAAGAGGAGUGGAGCCAAGUCAAAAAACACAACCAGAAAGACAAAAACCGAGCAGCAGCUCACGCCUGAAGAGGAGGAGAAGAAAAGAAUAAGGAGAGAGAGGAAUAAGAUGGCAGCAGCAAAGUGCCGAAACAGGCGAAGAGAACUCACAGAUACCUUGCAGGCUGAAACAGACAAGCUAGAGGAAGACAAAGCAUCUCUGCAAGCUGAAAUAGCAAACCUCCUAAAAGAAAAAGAAAGACUUGAAUAUGUUCUAGCAUCUCAUAAACCCCUAUGCCACUUGCCUGAAGAGCUGGAUAGCAUUUUCCCUCAGUCACCUCAGCUGCUUCCUUCUUCUGACUUAUCUGAAAAACUCUCCGAGGAGGGCACACAGGACGCUUCUUUACAAGACUUAGAGACACCAUCAGUACCACCCACAGCAAUCUCAGGCAACUCCAACAUCCUGCUAUGCUCCAGUGCAGAAGUCAGCCUGUGUGACCUCGAGCCAUCACUGGAUGUUAAGGAAGAGCUGCUAGAAAAUAUCCUUGGUACGAUGAAUGAGGACAAGGUCUCAGGGGGGAAAGCACGCUCCGUGCCAGACAUCGACCUUACCGGAUCCCUGGGCUUCACAGACUGGGAAACACUAUACAAGUCUGUGGCCAGUGAUCUGGAACCUCUAAGCACCCCUGUGGUGAACACAUCAACCCCAACAUGCAGCAACUACCUGAGUGUUUUCACCUUUACCUGCCCAGAGCUGGACUCUCUUACUGAUGAUCUAGAUGUCCUCAAAGGUGGGGUAUCCAAAUCUGACUCCAAUGCAGAUCUUCUGAAUUCACCAACACUACUGGCAUUAUAA